GUUCUCUAGGUCUUUGUGAGUUUGUAUGAAUAUGAACAACCCUGGAACAAUUCAUUGAGAAAGGCGUUGUGACUGAUCAAGUUGAAUUCGGAUUACCAAUAGUAAUGUAUUAUUCAGCUUGGAACACAGAACCUUAGAAGAAGUUCUCGACAUGAUAUUGCUCUUGCUGAGGAAUAUUAUAAGAUAUAUGCCCUCGGAAUAUCAAACCAGGAGAGAUCUUGAGCCUAGAAGCCAUAUAAGCCAUAUAAGCUAGGUACCUAUGUACCCUCUAAGGGUCGUCACCCCGCUAAUCCCUUUAUCGCCUUAUCGCAGAUGCUUUAUCGACCUGGAGUGCAGAGACUCUUAAGACAUCAUUUUAGCUUUUUACUAUUUCAACGUUUUAACGUUUUAACAAUUGACUCUCAUAAACUUAACCCCAAACUAAUCUCAAACUUGUCAACUUGUCAAUUUCCAACUUCCAACUUCCAACUUCUCAGGACAUUUUGUCCUGGACGUGUGUCUUUCGUUCCACCAUUCGCUUUAGCUGUUACUUGACAUGACCUAAAAUGCGCGGACGCGGGGGCGCCCGAGGAAGCAGAACACCUUCUGCACCAUGGAGUCGUCUUAAACCGGUGGAUUUGGACCCGCUGGAGUCGAUGGGUUUGCCGUCCAAAGGUGAUAGUAGAUUGCUUGAUUUCAAGACUCAAGAACGUUACUACACCAAGAUUGUCGAACGCUACAUGACCUUUUGCUCUGAUGCCGGCGAACGUGAUGAACUCCUUCGCCGCUUCGCAUCGUUAGAGCUCUCGUCUGUCUCUAAGCACGAUAACCCCAUCGCGAAGGUUAUCCCUAGUUCCUCCUCCCUACCUGCUUCGAAUCGACUUUCAAUAGCACCAGCUACCAUACCGAGUAAUACGAAAGGUUUAUCCGAUGUCUUGUCGGCGUUGAGGAAGUUACGAGAGGGCAUUGUAGCCUCUAAGCGUGUCGACGACUUUGCUAUUCAAGUAUACCUCUUUUGUAUCCGACUUUCUGUUUUGGUCAGGCAUCCUGAAUCAUACCAUCCAGCUAUCCUUCACCUACUGCGCCGAAUCCAGCCGCUGCAUAGCAUGACGUCGGUCGAGAUGAGCGAGGUGGUUGGUUAUCUUGUCCUUGACACGGCGUGUAGGAGAAACAACUUAGCCGAGGCGUUUUCCGUGCGACAUAAAUAUCGGCUGAGGGACACAAAGAUUGACAUGGUUCUCGAUGCGCUAGCACACGACAACUAUAUAGAAUUUAAUCGCCUGAAGAGAAGGGUUGAUGGGCACAAGGCGAAACUACUCGAAUACGCUGACGAAGGCAUGCGGAAACACCUACUCAAGUGCUUCGGGAGAGCAUAUUUGAGCGUGGACCUGGACUUUUUGGAGUCAUGCUCAGACUCUAAAUGGGGAAGCCUCACGGCAGAGGACGGUGUCGGGUGGGAACUAGAUGGUGGGAAGGUUGUCAUCAGGAAGGUCAAGGCUCGGUAAGUCUGGUAGUAUAUAUUUAUUGAUACCCUUAGGCGAUAUGACCAUCUUCAAACAUUCUCGUGAUACUACAAAUUUCAUACAAAUCAUCCGGUCUUCGUUUUAGUUAUCUUCUCGCCCUGUAUUUUAUGGAACUGGAGCCUAGUGCCAAGACUGCCAAGACUUUCGGGGG